AGUAGCAUACAUUCACUCCUACAAGUGCAUUCCACCCGCCUUGUUCUCGCCUUCUUCAUACUCAUCCUCCCCCGCAGCAUACACACACAUCCUCAUUCUUCCUCCUCGUCUUCUUCUCCUCAUCCCCACCUCGCCAGCAUCUCUACCCAGCGAAUUCCAUGGCCCUCGCCCAUAGGAGUUACUGAAAGCCCAACCAACUCAAUACAACCCCGCCCGCCUGUCCUUGUCAAGCCGUACCCGCAAGGCAUCAGCUGUCAGGAAGACGACUCCGCUCCGCCGUAGUCUGCUUGUUUGCUCCGUGACAGUGCAAGAGGUGGUCGGACGAGCGGCUACACUCUCAGCAUCAGCAUCGUCUGCCGCUUUUCCCAGCAUACAAUCCUCUCGCAGCAUCUCCCUCCGUCACUCGCAUGCCAGAUGGUGUCCAGUCCUACUUAUAGCCAGGCCUAUGCCGACGACGACGCCUAUGGGGGUGUCAGCGAAGUCGGCGAUGGUACCGUGGGACAGGAGUAUUGGAGGAGACCAGACAACGGAGUCCGGAGCAACAACAAUGGCGCACCCUCAGCUGCUGCUCCCCCCUUGGCUCUCAGCUCUGGCAGCGGCUACCAUUAUCCCACAAUGUACCAGCAGUCGAAUACUUCGGCUCCCGCCUUCGAUCAUUCUCCUGCCUCUACCCAAGGGCCUCCUCUGGCAGAUGAUCUCGGCUACGCAUUCGAUCGCAUGAAGCUGGCUCAUCCUGAGACGCUGGCCGGGGAACACAGUCGUGUGCGUGGCCACCCUUCUCGAUCAGCUACCACUGGCCCCCAGCCUCCUUCUGCCUCUGGAGCAGCUUCCCACAGUCACGUUGGUUCAGCAAGUGGCAGCGUCGACCGAGCCAAUGCCAUGUAUGCCCAGCAAGAGAUUCAUCAGUCGGCAUCCGAAGUACGCGACGAAGACUCUCUUGCUGCCAUUGCAGAUUCCGUAGAGGCUACCGCCGCCGAGCUCAGACAAGGUACGGUCACCCCUUCGCCGCGAGCUCAACAGCAGCAUCAACAAGGACAGCCGGCGCAGCAAUAUUACCAAGGCGGCGGAAGCCAUCAGUAUCAGCAGAGCAGCAUGUAUGGAGGUGGAGGGCCACAAUGGGGCGGUCAGCAGCACCAGGGCGAUUGGCAGCAGCAGCAGCAGCAGCAAGGCUAUCACCCUCAGGGCUACCCUUCGCAGCCUGCUGGCUACCCCAUGCAGGGAGCGCCGUGGAACAAUGUUCCCUACAUGCAAGAUGGGCAGGCCGGCUACUACCCCUCCUCUGAUGUGGGCAGUAGUGUAGGAUACGACGCCUCUGGAUCCAGCAAUCCUUAUCUGGCCGCUGCUCAAACUUACGGACUGGACUAUCCUGGCUCUGCCGCUUCUAGUGUUCCCUCGACGUCGCCUCACCUCUCCCGGAACUCGAGCGGUGGCUCGCCCGGCCAAUUCGGCAUGACCCCGAUGAGCGGUGGGUCAGGGAUGGCGCCUCCACCGCAGCUCUAUAGGCAAGCCACAGCCUUCUCCAUUGGCUCCAGUCACUCUGGUUCUGGAGUGGGUAUGAGCUCUGCUGCGCGCCGGCGGAAAAGCAAAGACGCAAGUCAGCCUCAACAGACGCUGCCAUUCAACAAGGAGUUUGUGACCGAGUACCGGGCGAGGAUGAAGGCAGAUCCAGACCCAGAGGAGCAGUUCCGCUACGCCAGGUACCUUGUCGAGGCUGCAAAGAAGGUUCAAGACUCAAACGACGGUCCCAAGCAAGCCAGAAAAUAUCGCGACUCGCUGCUCAGCGAGUCCUUAAAGCUCAUCAAGAAGCUGGCUACGACGGGAAUGGGCAACGGCAAGCCGCCCUACGCUGAAGCGCAAUUCUUCCUGGCCAAUUGCUUUGGCAACGGCUCCCUGGGCUUACAGGUGGACCACGAAAAAGCGUACAAUCUCUACGUGCAAGCUUCGAAACAGAACCAUCCCGCGGCUACCUAUCGAACGGCAGUGUGUAACGAGGUUGGAGCGGGCACGCGGAGAGACCAUCACCGUGCCGUCCUCUUCUAUCGGAAAGCGUCUGCCUUGGGAGAUACGGCGGGGAUGUACAAGCUGGGUAUGAUUCUGCUCAACGGCCUCCUCGGUCAGCCUCGCAACGUGAGGGAAGCCAUCGUCUGGCUGAAGCGUGCCGCAGGUCAAGCCGACGAGGACAAUCCGCACGCUCUGCACGAGCUCGGCCUGCUGCACGAAAAGCCAAACAACGUCGUACCACACGACGAGGCUUACUCGCGCGAGCUCUUCACCCAGGCCGCCCAGCUGGGAUAUGCGCCCUCUCAGUUCAAGCUCGGAUCAGCCUACGAGUACGGCGCCCUGACCUGCCCCGUGGACCCACGGAGGUCCAUCGCCUGGUAUACCAAGGCUGCAGGGAAGAAUGACGGUGAGAGCGAGCUGGCGCUCAGUGGGUGGUACCUCACGGGAAGCGAGGGUGUGCUAAAGCAGAGCGAUUCCGAGGCGUACCUCUGGGCCAGGAGAGCAGCGACCAAGGGAAUCCCCAAGGCAGAGUAUGCCGUUGGAUACUACAGCGAGGUGGGUAUCGGUGUCAAGGCCGAUCUGGAAGAGGCAAAACGUUGGUACAUGCGUGCGGCCGCUCAAGGCAACAAGCGCGCUAUGCAACGUCUUACGGAACUCAAGAAUAUGGGAUCGAAAGCAGGUAAAGCACGGCCGACGAGGAAAGAUGCAGAAAAGGAGUGUGUGGUGAUGUGAGGAGGAAACGAUGCUGGGGCGGAGAGUAGGAAGAAGCGAGUGAAGCCGAGCGAGGGGAGGGAGGGAAGUAAGGGGACAGUAGAGGAGUAGAUCUUGUACAUGAACACGAAGAAGCAGUAUGCAGUGAAAGUCGUUGUUGCUUUGCAAGCCAUGUCAA